GCCAGAAGUACUUCGUACAGGUCAGAUUUAGGCCUCUUCGCCAGUUCUUGAGAAUCUUCAGAUAGUUAGCCUGCACUGCCUGGUUUCCCCGCCAUCAACUACGUUACGGCGUUGAUGAUCAUACCCACCAUCAACACGCUUCUGUCUCUCCCUGUUUCUUCAACACUCCAGCCUAGUGAUCCCGGGCCCCGUCAAGCCGUCUCCCAUUUUGGACUUUCUCGGUCGUCAGGAUGUCGGACCAGGCGAUCCUACGUAUUACCAGGGAAAUCAAGCAGAUUCAGCAAGGCGCAGACCACUCUCUCGCUGUAUACUACGAUGACUCUGAUAUCCGGAGUGUCCGCGCUCUCAUUCUCGGCCCUCCAGAUACUCCCUAUCAGUUCGGCUUCUUUGAGUUUCUUGUCAAGUUCGGGAAAGACUACCCAGCCACAUCUCCGAAUGUCCGCGCCUUGACCACUAACGGUGGUCGAAGCCGCUUUAACCCCAACAUCUAUUCAUCUGGCCGGGUCUGCUUAUCAAUUUUGGGAACCUGGCGAGGUGAAAGUGGAGAGCAAUGGUCGUCUGCGCAGUGCUUAGAGUCUCUUCUUAUCUCCAUUCAGAGCUUAAUGUCGUCUAACCCCUACGAAAACGAACCCGGAUAUGAAAGCUCACGGUCACCGAGCGAUAUAGAGAACAUGGAAGCCUACGUAUCCAAGAUACACCAUGAAACUCUCCGCCUCGCCGUUCUCGAGCCUCUUGAGGCAUCGCUCAACAUAACACUUGAAGGUAGUACGGACUCGCUAGCCGACCCAUCAUCUGAAAGCGAUGAUAAUAUCAUCUAUGAGGAUGGGAGGCCUUCUUUUGACCCGUUUGCGGAUUUUCGCAAAAGACGUUUCUUGUGGUAUUACGAGCCCUACAUGCAAUCUCUUGUUGCUGCAGAGAAGAAACACUCCCGCAAAGCCAAAUUCCAGAGAAUGCCUUUUGAGGGCGACAACAAUAGUAUGGAUGGCCAUUUCGACUAUCCGGAGCUAAAACGGCGGAUGGCUGUGGUCAGAGAUGCCAUUCUUCGAGAAACACGCGGUUGGGCUGUCGAAGGACAGUUGGCCAAAAAGCAAGAAUGGGGUAUUGCAGCUAGCCUGCAACGGCAGUACGAACAAAUUGUCGAAACCCUCAAGCAUCAGAACAAUAUUACGGUUGAUCUAUAUCUUGACGAGGGGAACCCAUUCAUGUGGAGGCUCACAUAUUUUGGAAGACCAAUGACGCAACUGGAUGGCGGCAUGUUCAAGAUCCUGAUACAUCUAAGUCCGCGAUUCCCGGAAGAACAGCCCCGUGUGUUUUUGGAGGCCUCGUCUUUCUUUCAUAUUCGUGUGUCCAAAGAAGGAGUCUUAUGCUACGUUCCAAGGCGAACUGAGGAGAUGCGUUAUCACAUCGAAGGGAUAGUCGCAGCUCUAGAAGAAGAACACCCGCCUUAUGACCCACGAACUACUGUUAACCCCGAAGCAACCAAAUUAUUUUGGGGAACACCGGAAGAUCGAAGGAAGUAUAACCGAGAAUUGCGACGAUCAGUAGAAAGGACCGCCGAAACAUAGAAAUCCUGAGCCUAUAUUGGUCUAGGUUAGUGAAACAGUGGGGUGCUCAGCUAGAUGAUCCUGUGCUCCGUUUCUUGCAGACUGAUAUCUUGGCUAAGAUGACCUCAAUAUCGGGCCUCUACUUCCUCA